UCUGUUCCACAAACCCCACAGGUGUUGAGUGUUAACUGAGUGUUCCCUGAACCUCAGGAAUAUGGUCAGGUUGUGGGUAAAGAACCUGAUAGCUAGUUCUCCCCGCUGAGUGACCAUCUUAGCUUGAUGCGUUAAUAUUCCACUGAGCUCUGUUAUUGUUGAUUCGACAUUGUGAAGGCGCAACAGCUCGGUUUUGGCUAUAGUUCUCCUGAGUUGGGACACUUUCCUGUAACAUGGACAUCUCCAUUUGGGGCAAUGGUGUGAUCUGUGUCUGCUUUGGCAUGUCAGGAACAAAACACCAUAUGUUUAUUAUACGUAAUUUGACCGUAAAGCGUCGAACACAAUCAAGAGUUGAUCAGGUAUGGAAAAUUAGGACAUACACAUGAGCUGGCUACCUGAAGGAAGACAAAACCUAACUGUUAGAUGAUAGUUUUGAACAAAACUGGGUAGGAACAACAACCGGUUUUCAUGAGCCUUCAUCUUCUGCGGGAAGACACGACAUUUCUCAAUCGGACACUCUAGUGUCGGACAAUAGGCAGCAGAUACAAAUCGAUAGGAAGUUGACAAAAUCUACAAAAUCCAACCUCUGAUCUCUUAGUUAGAACAUCGCGAAGUCGAUCGAACGUUUUGUUGGCAACUCUUGUUGAACCGUGUCCUGUUUUAAUAUGUGGCAAUCGACGAAAGGUGUGGACCGUGUGGUGGUUAAGAAACGUGAGAGAUUACUCAGACAAACUUGGGCCCAAAACGCAAGAUCAUAUGAGAAUACACAUACGUAAGAAGUUUACAGAGAUACAAAAACCCUAUCGUGCUAUAAGCUAAAAAGUUCAGUUAAUUCGUUAAGUAUCUAAUUAAGGUGAUCCCAACGAGAUAGCGUUUUGGGGUUUGGAACUUAAAACUCAUAAACGUAUAUGCUCUUCAUUUUCAUUGCUCUAAGUCUCCACCAUAAAAGGUAGUUGCUGAUAACCUACGUACGUUUUAUGAAAAUAAUACAUGAAUCCAAUUAAGAUUAUUGAAAUUCCGAUAAAGGUAACUACUGUGAUUAGGUGAGUCGGUGACAUUUCGAACAACAUAUGGUAACUGGUAAGCUCUUCUCAACGAGAAAUUUUUUAUUACAUCCUGAAAAGUAAUAAACUAGUAAUAAAUCACCGUUUUUCAUCAGAUACAUUUAUAUAUGCACCAUUUAACGAUAAUGUUUCAUAAAUAAUGUUCCUAUAAGUUGACGUCGAUAUACCCAUUUUGAAUUCAUAUAGCAAUUGUAAAUGCCAAAACUACUAUAGCAGUUUCGAUCUUAAAUAUCUGAAUUACAAAACAAUAUUAUAGCAUGAAUGGCAAACUAUAGAGAUUUAAAGAAAAAAAUAUGAGAUUACAAAGUUGUAAAUAAGAGAAUGGAAUUAAAGUUUUGGGAGUUAUGUUGGAUGGAUCGGCGACAAACGUGGAAUCAGGGAGAUCAAAAAAGGAACCUUCCCAAUCUUCGUUAAGAGUAGGGGGGGUCUCUGUCUCUACUCCUUGUCCUACAUUUUCAAGCGUGCCAUAAUUUCAUGGCCUUGUUUCCUGAGUUUUCAUUUUCUUUUUCUUGAUUUCCACCAACAUGAAAUCAAAAUUACUUAGACUACUUAGUACUAUUAAUUUUCAUGGCCUUGUUUCCUGAGUUUUCAUAUUCUUUUACUUGCCGUGUUUUGAAAUUCUUCAAAGAAAAUAUAGAGAAAGAACAUUGACCUAGGAGUUAGAGAUAAAACACCCAUUGCCAAGAACUAGUAGCCAAAUUUUUGUCGUCUGAAGCUUUAUUUCUCAUAAACAUUAUAUAAUCUUGAUUAUAAAAGAUACAUUUGUUCACUACUAAUUGAUUAAUCCGUAUAUUAGAGUAAUGAUGCAUGGAAAAUCAUUGGGAAUUGCAUGUAAGUGGGCAUUACAAUGUGAGACCACCUUCCACUUUUUUUGACUAGGAUAAGAACACACUCUCUAACUUUUUAUAUGCUACUUUAUAUACCAUAUCAUAUAUAAAGUAUACCGCUAAUUACAUAAAAGCAAAGAAAUAAAAUCACGUUUUCUGUAAACUUGUAUACAUAGCACAAUAUAACAUAUCAUAUCUAUAUUUAUGUAUUUAUAUGUUUGGUUAUAAUCAUGUACAAUUGGUUUUAGAAAUGGUAAAAGAUAUAUACUUUAUUGUUUUGGAAAUGGUAUAAUGGUAUGCAAGUUAAUUGUGAAAAAAUUCUAACAAAAAGUAUGAAAAUUAACUGUUAUCUAAUAGUUAAUUUAUGGAUGAAUCCAACUGAAAAACGCCAAUGUAUGCUUUGACUUUGAGGCCAAAUAGAUCUUUUAAGUUUGCAAUUGAAUUUCAAAAAAUGUGAUAUAAUAUAACGUUUGUACGUAUUAGUAUGUUGUGUAGCAGAUAGACUCUUGUUUAUAAAAACAAUGCUUGGUUUUAUUCGAAUUGUCAUUUUACUCUUUGCAUCUUUAGUCUUCGCUUAGCGUCUCGUGCAUGUCUUCCUCAAAAUCAUCACCAGUAAUAUACCUCACGUACACUCACAAUAUUUCUCUAUACCAAAGGCCUAAAACACAUCUUAAGUAUUUUUUUCUUAAGUUACUCCACCUGUCAUUCUGAUUACAGCAUUUUUAUGGAAACAUAGUUACGUACAUAUAUAUAUAGAAUGUGAUCUAACAUAACAUAUGAUAGAAGUUUUAUCUUAAGUACAUAAAUAUAUUACAAAUAUGAAAACGAUGUAUAUCAUCCAAAAGAACACAAUUAUUAUCUAAUAAGACUAAUACACAUAAAAUUCUAUCAAUAAAAUACUUACAAUUCUAUAAUACAAACACCUAACUUGGAUGUUUCUGCAUUCUAGGAAUUAAGUUGUGUACUUUUGUAGACAGGUUGAGUUAUUAAUUUCGAUAUAUAUUUUUAAAAUGGGUUCCAUUCAACUUUAUAAUCACCAGUGCCGACCAGAUUACUUUAUCAAGUGUCACAGCUUUUGUGGAAAAUUUUCCGUUAAUUCAUCAGCUUUUCAGUAUAUUGAUCACUAAUAUUAAAAAAAAUUAUUAGAUUGAUUUUUGCGGCUAAUUUUAGAUGAUCGGACUACAAUAACUGAUGACACGCUAGUAUAUAAUAUAGCUUAAAUUACAAUAUAAGAAACUUUAUUCAGCCACUGGACAUGGCUACAAGAAAGUAAUCAACGACCAAAUCGGUAUAAUUACUUACGUAUAUGCAUAUGCAUACGUAGCACAGAACCCUAGCUAAGUAUGAUGAAGAAAACGAUCAAAAUCUCAGAAAAAUCACUCUCUUCCAAAUCCCAAAAAGGGCAUGCAUUUCGUAAUAUACAACGCACUGAUUCUGUUUUAUUUCUUCUACCUCUAUCCUACACAACACUAAUUAAACGACACAAAACUCAAAACACAGACACAUUCCCUUUAUUUAAUUUUUCUCCUUGCUAUUCCUUUAUGAUUAUCAUAAUAACCAAAAAUAUAUUUUCUACAAAAAUAAAAAAGAAACACCAUCUAAUCAUGUCUAUAUAUUCAAACCCUCGUACAUCUACAUCACUAAGUCCAUCUUAAAGCAUCUAAUCACAUUUAAACAUAUUCAAACGAAACACUAAGAACUCUAUUCUUGAAGCUACUAGAUCUAAUGACGUCAGGAGAAUUCUCCAUUAAAGCUAGAGGGUUAGGUGAUAACAACAACGGAGGUGGAGGAACAGGGACAAAGUGUGGAAGGUGGAAUCCAACGGUGGAGCAAGUGAAGCUUCUGACGGACCUGUUCAAGGCGGGGCUACGAACACCGAGCACCGAUCAGAUUCAGAAGAUCUCUAUGGAGCUGAGUUUCUACGGUAAGAUCGAAAGCAAGAACGUGUUUUAUUGGUUCCAAAACCAUAAAGCUAGGGAAAGACAAAAGCGCCGUAAAAUCUCCACCGUCGACUUUGAUCAUCGUCAAGAAACAAAUCUCUCUAUUCCUCAUCGACACAACAUACGUCAUCAUCAACCACCACCUAAAGAUACUUUUGAAGCUUGUGAAAAAGAGGAGAAGGUGAUAGAGACGUUGCAACUCUUCCCAUUGUCGAAUGUUGAAAGAGCGAGAACAAACAUUACUGCUACGAGCCACAACGAAUACAUACGAGAGCAUGUCAAUACGACGGUGUUUUCUACCUACUCAUCGUGUGGAGCUGAGAUGGAACAUCCGCCGUUGGAUCUUCGUUUGAGCUUUUUAUGAAUGGUUUUUAUAUCAACUGUUCUUUGUGGAUGCGAAAAAAAUGAAGACACACCCAAUAUGCGGAGUUAUAGUGUUAAGAACCCGAGCAGACGAUGCGGUAGAAUUAGCAUCACUGUCGUAAUGAAUAAAUUAAAUAUCAAAAUGUUAGGGAAGUUAUAAUGGAGGUUGGUGUGUAGGACUUUAAGAGCAUGUAGUGAGAUUACGUACGAGCCAUAGCAACCAUGCGAUUGGGAUGAGGAAACUUGUACUUGUAACAACAUAAACCCUAAUUAUAGUCGUACUUUGAGUUUACCCAUUAAUUAUUGCUGUUUUUAAAUUAAUUACUGUUGCUUGUUGUUACAUGAUUUAUCUUGAUCUAUUUACUCAUCACUCAUUGUCAUGUUCAACGGUCUUCCCUUGAUGAGUCUUUAAUUAGGUUGGUAACAUCAAAUCAAAAUCAGUAUGGUACAAUUUUGGACUAAUCUAUUUUAUAUUAAUAAGUGUAUCCUUUCCAGAGCCGAUCAAAUCAGCUAAUAGAACACAUUAAAAAA